CGGCAUCAGUAACCUCUGAACUACCUAUCACCAUGAACACAAAGGUCUUCAUCCUCCUCGGUCUGGCAGCCAUUGCCGCUGCAGACAGCUUUGAGUCCUAUGAAUACAGGCCACCACAGAGACGCUCCUCCGAGGAAUCCUUCGAGUCCGGAGAAGCCAAGUACGACUUCCAAUGGGCUGUCGAUCACGAAGACUCCGGCAACAACUACGGACACCAGGAAGCCCGUGACGGCGAAGACACUCAGGGAUCCUACUACGUGCACCUCCCCGACGGCCGCCUGCAGACCGUCAAGUACUUCGUGGACGGCGACUCCGGCUACGUGGCUGAGGUCAACUACGAUGGCGAGGCUCGUUUCCCCGACUCCUUCGAGUCCGCUUCCUUCGAGUCCCGCGAAUACAGGCCACGAUACGUCUAUGACUCCAACGAGUCCAAGUAAACUUCUUUUCUUCAGCUGAUCAAUCUGUGAAACUGAUUGAUUUAGACAUUUCAGCCUAAUACGGAAACUUCUUCGACUUUUCUUACUAUUACUUAAUUUCAUUUCUGAAUUGUGAAGUUGUAAUAUGUGAAGACUUAUUUAUAUAUUUAUCAAUAAAUCUGCACAGUAAAA